AUGUCGGGCUCAACACCAGUCAAGAUAGUCUAUGGCUCCGAACCCCUGGCAAAUGGGCCCCCUUUCGACAACCAUGCCUAUCUGGCCGAAGUAUACGAAAUUCUCCAAAAGCAUGAGGUCACCGAAAUCGAUAGUUCCCAAAUCUACGGAGAAAGUGAAGCAAUGUUAGGUGCCACCAAAGCUGGAGAGACUUUCACUCUGGACACCAAAUGGCUGGGUGGCGGUCAGCCCGGGUGGGCCACGAAAGAGAACAUCGUGAAUUCAGCAAAGGAGAGUCUCAAGAAACUGGGCGUGGAGCAAGUCGACAUCUUCUACAUCCACCUUCCAGAUCCUCAGACGCCCAUCGCCGACACGCUUGCUGGUGUGCAAGAGGUGUAUCAACUCGGCCUGUUCAAGCGAUUCGGCCUUUGCAACUACGUGCCGGACGAUGUACGACAGAUCUACAAUCACUGCAAGGAGAUGGACUACGUGCUCCCCACGGUGUACCAGGGGAUCUACUCGGCGGUGGCCCGCCGCUCGGAGACUGCUCUCUUCCCCACCCUCAAGGAACUGGGCAUCUUGUUCUACGCCUACAGUCCGCUGGCGGGCGGAUUUCUGGCCAAGACACCCGAGGAAGUCGCCAGGGGAGCCGGUCGCUUCAACGACGCAGCGUAUGGUGGCAUGUACAAGCAGUGGUUUGUGAAGCCCGCGUACCUGGAAGCGCUGAAGGAGUGGGGGGCCAUCGCCAGCGAAGAGGGCUGUUCACGCGUCGAGCUGGGAUACCGCUGGGUGGUGUACCAUUCGCCCUUGGCGCAAACCGCGAGGAAUGGCAUGAUUGUGGGUGCGAGAAGCAAAGAGCAGCUGGAGCAGGCACUUGGCGGCAUCGCCAAGGGCAGGGUGUCCGACAAGGCGUGCGAGGCUAUCGAUGGCAUCUGGGAGAAGGUCCAGAACGAUGCGCCGUAG